UCAAGCUCAGGCUAGCUGCCCAGCGCGCCCAGGCCAGUGCCGCCUGGUCGUCGGCUGCUAGGUCCCUCUUCACGUACUCAACGCGGAUAAGUCGUUUGUUUACAUGCCAAAACCACGCACAUGUAAUUCAGCUGUGGACGUGUGUGGAUGCAUGGAACAAGUACAUGUACAUAAACAGCCUUAACAACUUUGACCCUUUGCUGGUGUAUGAUACUUAGCUGAGAGUUCGAGAGAGAACUAUAUACCCCAUCAUGUUAGGUGCAGUUAAUCUCCUUGCAUCAUUGAAUAAGUGUAGACCUGCCGUAACUAGAAGCCUUUGCCUACCAGGUCUACAUUUCCAAGGUCGAUCUUCAAACCUUUUCUGUGUUAACAGACGCACCAUGAGCGAUUCUAAGGCAGAGAUACCUGUAGGGUCAGAGCCAUCACCAUGGCAACAAGGAUUUUACAAGUAUUUCCUUCCGAUACAGACGAGGUUUCUAGACACCGACUGUUUUGGUCAUGUGAAUAAUGCUGUCUACUACUCCUUCUUUGACACGGUCAUCAACCACUACCUGUACAAACACUGCAGCUUCAGGCACCCGAAGAAGAACACCGAUGAGCCAAACAUCGUCGGGUUCAUGGUCGACACCAGAGGCACGUUCAGGAAGCCGCUCAACUUUCCUGAAGUUAUUCUGGCUGGUAUGGCUGUCACCAAACUGGGCAAUUCCAGCGUGACGUACACUGUUGGCAUUUUUGCGGAGAAAGAGGCGAGAAGCAAGCUCACAGAGUCUUUAUCAGUGGAUGGUGUUCUCUUAGAAAAGAACGAAGCAGGUUGCUUUGAUGGUUAUGAUGAAAUGGCGUGCUCCGUUGGACAGUGUGUUCAUGUCUUUGUAGAUGUGAAUGGAGAUCAGAAACCUCUUAGAAUUCCAGAUGUAAGCAGAUUGCCUCUUUCAAACAUCCUGGUCCCCUUUGAGGGCCAAAUAAGCAAAUUAUGAAAAAAAAUUAAUCUAUGAUUAAUUGAGCAUGCAGUGCCAUUCAAUUUAGAAACUACCAAUAUUCUCAGUGAUUUGGGCCAUUCAUGUAACCCAAAUCAUGCAAGAUGUGUGUACUGUUUCCUAUCUCAUAAACCAAGCAGUGUUUUUAUAGGCAUCUGAAUGAUAGGCCAAGUGGUGUUACUAAUUCCCAUUCAAAGGUAUAACACAUGAUAAAAAAAUAUGACCAAGACCAUUUUGUGAAAUUUUGUGCUCUUUAAAAGAAAAUAUAAAUACAUGUACAUGUACCCCCUUUUUUCAACAUUUCAAUUCAUUGUUUGUCAAUAUUCCUGAAAAUUAACCCUUUUAUAUUUGAACACAAAAUUUCUAAUAAUUAUGCAUGUGCAUGUACAGAUGUAGUAACACCGGUAUGAUGAACUCUUAACUAAACUUUUUAACAAUCAAACAAUAUUUACUCUACGGGGUCAAUGUACAAUUAUUUUAAGCUAAAUUUGGAACGAUUGUCGCGAAAGGGUCAAUGGAGUUCCAUUUGGUUUGAUUGAAGCAAUUGAAUUUCAAAAAGUUGCAUUGUAAAGGUCGACUAUGCAUACAUGUACAAAUAUCUUUCUGAAUCAAAUAUUGCUCUUAUGCUUAUUGUUUAAUGUAGGCAAACAAAACUUUUAUUAGACAUGUCUGAUGUCUUAUGGCAUAUCUCAGCUUGCACCAUCUGUAACUAUAGGCAACUGGAAUGAAGGAGUUAAUUAAGUAAAGGCUGUGACACCACUACUACUAC